UUGUGGUCUCCACAGUAAUGUGCCAUGUAGUUCAGUCCUUUAAACAGAGAGGGACGCUGUUGCCCAUCGAGUUGCUGAGGAAGCAUUUGUUGCUGUACCUCCCAUAUACGUCAACGUAUUACAUUAGACAGAGGCAGAGUUAACAGUCGGGACUGCCAAAGCAUAAGCCUGGAAGGCACAAUGGGAUUUCUUUGUUCGACAAUUUAAGAUAAGUGCCAUCUUUCGGACCAUAUACGUGUAUGUACAGGUCAGAAUCGAAACUUGGGGUGAAGAAACAAAGGAUUUUCUGGUUUUCUUCGCAGAGGUGUCGAGCGGAGCGAUGGGAUUGCAAGUGUUGUUUAUCUGGCUGCUCUCUCUCAGUGUAGCGCACGGGCAGGUCAGCUACUCCAUUCCGGAGGAAAUGACAAAGGGGGCUCUGAUUGGUAAUAUAGCCCAAGAUUUAGGUUUGGGUUUGGAAAGACUGAAGUCUGGUAAAGCUCGUAUUUAUACUGGUAACACGGAUGAAUAUUUAGAGCUGAAGAGAGAAAGAGGAGUCCUCCUUAUUAAUGAUAGAAUAGACCGAGAAUCUCUCUGCGGUCAAACAAUGCCUUGCGCACUCCACUUUCAAAUGAUCCUGGAAAACCCAAUGGAGUUUUACACGGUCACUGUCGAAAUUACAGAUAUAAAUGACAACCCUCCCACAUUUGAGAAAAGUGAGAUGAAAUAUGAAAUUAGUGAAUUUACCCCGACUGGAGCUCGAUUCGUCUUAGAAAAAGCAAUAGACAAUGAUGUUGGUGUAAACGGAUUAAACAGCUACGCCCUAAAACCCAGUGAUAAUUUUGUUCUGAAAACCAUCAGCCGAGUCGAUGGGACUAAACAUGUCGAGAUGGUUUUACAGAAACCAUUAGAUCGAGAAAAACAUGAGCAUAUAUCAUUAACACUAACCGCUUUGGAUGGCGGUGAACCACAGCUUUCUGGGACAAUGCAGAUUCUCAUAACUGUGUUAGACGCAAAUGACAACACGCCCGUUUGUUCAAAACCGGAAUACAAAGCAAGUGUUGCAGAGAACGCUCCUGUUGGCACUUUAGUUACUACGGUAAGGGCUACGGAUAUAGAUAAAGGCAAUAACGGAAUAGUAACAUACAUGAUUUCAAAAUCUGGAGCAGCGGGUCUCUUUAACAUUGAUGCCAAUAACGGAGUAUUGACUUUAAUUGGUCAUGUAGAUUAUGAAAAGAGGAGACUUUAUGAGCUAGAUGUUCAGGUGUCAGACCAGGGAGGAUUAUCAGAUGCAUGUAAAGUAAUUGUGGACGUGACAGACACAAAUGAUAACCCUCCGUCUAUUAACAUCAUGUCGAACUCAAACGCAGUAUCUGAGAACAUGAAGCCGGGAACGUUUAGGAGCCAGGCAUUGUCCAGAGUCCACAUCAACAGCCACCACUUUAGUGACCAGAUAGCCCACAUCUGCUGA